UCUAGGCUGCUCUGGAUAUUCGUUUGUUUUUCCGUUCCUCUGCAGUUGCUUAGUACAAAUAGUUUGAAAACAACUUAAUCCGUUUCAUUGCAAUAUCAACGUCUUUCACGAGAACUUCAUCAAGUUCAACAUAAACACUCUGAAGAAUAAGUUUGUGAGAUUUGUCCCCAACAUUUAGUGAAAAUCAUAAUAUAAAGCACAAAUCGUCUUAGUUUCCGCAACUUUCGAUCCUUAUUCAAAGAGGAUAUUUGGGGAACAUUAUAGACGUCGUGGGUGACAUUAUUUUUCCAUUUGGUAGGCUUAUUUUCUUGUGUGGGUUAUCAAGUUAAGGACGGUAGCGCGCGAGGGGUGGCUACGGGGCUGGUCUGCAGGGCGGGGGUUGCGAGGCGCGGGGUGCAGUUAUCGACCGACUACCCUCCCCCCGGCGUCGCUCAGUUUCCGGGCGAGAGUCGCGCAGUUCGCCGGCAUCGCGACGUGACUCCGUCACACGUUAGAUAGUCCAUUUGAUCAUCACCAUGCUGAUAGGACUCGUAAGGGACUCGGUGAUGCAGUGCUUCUGCCACUCAUGCCGUGCACCCGUUUUACCAGCAGCUCAUCGGCGGUCGGCGCCGAAGAAACCGGUCGGUAAACCAAGAACUAAGCAGCCGAAGAAGGUCAAAUUCAUCACCACCGAAAUCCGCUGCCAAGAGAUGUCGAAGGGCGGUCUGGCGUACGAGGUGAUACUCGCGGAGCCGGUGGGCGUACCGGUUCCCCGUCGCGCCGACUCACCCGAAAAGACUCCUUCCGUCGAAGAGAUCCAAGAGAAGCUGAAGGCAGCUGAAGAGAGGAGACGUAGCUUGGAAGCUAGUAAGAUGGCCGCCAUUGCUCAGAAGAUGGCCAAGAUCGAGGAGGCGUCCCGCAUCCGCAGCGAGCAGACGAAUAACUUCAUCGUCGCCACCAAGGAGGCUCUCGACGCCAAGAUGGAGACCCACGAGGAAAAACGCGAGGCCUACAUCAACGAGCUGCGCUCCCGUCUCAAGGAUCAUCUUGAGGGCGUUGAGAAGACCAGGUUGACCCUGGAACAGCAGACCGCGGAAGUGUACAAGGCCAUCGAAGAUAAGAUGACCACAGCUGCCGACAAGCGCGACGAGAACCUCAAGAAGAUGAUCGAGCGUCUGCGCGAACAUGAGGAACAAGUUCGCAAGGUCCGCGCCGGCAACCAGGAGAAGUUCCAGCAGCUCGAGAGCGCCAUCCAGGAGAAGCUGCAGCAGGCCGCCGACCGACGUCUGCUCAUUGAAGCUGAGCAGAGAGAGAAACUACGCAACCAUAAUAUUAAACUGGCGGAAGUCCGCUCGGCCGCGACCGCUAAAGUCGAGGAGAUCACUAAAGACAUUGAGAACAAACUGACCACAGCCGAGCUGAACCGGGAAAAGGAAAUACAGAAGAAACUCGAUUUCGUCAAGAAGGAGGAGCGGCGCGCCGAGCUGGUCCGGCAGAACAAGAGCGCCCGCACCGAGACCGCGGCCCCGCCCUCCUCCGGCUAGAGCGCGGCCCUCCGACACACGCCUCUCACGCUCACGUCACAACUGUCAGAUUUGACAUCUGUCACACGCCCACCAACAUCAACAGUCAGAUUUGACACGUUGACACUGAAGCCGUGAAAAACGCCAUUACGUAUCAAUAGGACGACGCUAAGUGUGAACCGAACGUGAUGCGAGUAAUGUAGCAAGUAAAAGCUUCGCUGAAAUAAAAGCUCUUGCGAGUGAUUGGCCGCAGACGGCUCGGUAGCACUCCGCGUCGUCGCCGCGUACAUUUCUUAAUAUUUCAAUAUAAAAAUAGUAAUCGCCGCGUGCAUAUCGUAGUGUUGCCGUACAGCUGGCAACGUCGAUGAUUUAGUUUGAACGUUCGUGAGUCGCCGUGCUCCCUAUGGCUUAAUAUCUUCAUGUAAAACGUGCAAAAUCGCUAAGUAUGCUAAAUAAAAAGUACUAUUUGGAAAUGCUCUUAGGGCGUUCGUUUAUGAAAUACAAUAAAAUAUAUUAUAGUUUGUGCGUCAAUGAUUGAAUGUAUAAUAUUUAUAUAUAAUUAAGAAAUCCUAAAUUCAUAAUUUCAAUACUUAAUUUUGAUUAUUGUGUGGGUGCUUAACUGAAGGGGUUUGGUGUUGUAAGAUUUAAAAAUACAUUAUAUCAAGUUAACUCACCAGAUGUGUGUGACAUCCACUUAUUACCUAUUAUCAGCUUAAAAUCGUGUUUUAUUUACAAAAAUGGAUUUUGCGUGUAGCAAGGCAACUAUUAACCGCAAUACGGCCUAUUUGUCUUAAAAAUGAUCUCAGAGCCACUUUUAAUAGUUCAAUGCAGAAUAAUUAAAUUUCGAAG